AUGUACCCGACUACGCUCACCGCAUUCCUCGCCCUCCUCUCAUCCGCCGCCGCCAUCCCCGCGACGACCUCCGAUCCUCUCCCGCUGGUAAUAUGGCACGGACUGGGCGACAACUACCUGGCUGAGGGCCUUCGGGAGGUGGGCGAACUGGCCGAGAAGGUGCACCCGGGCACCUUCGUUUACAACGUACGCCUAGACAACGACGCCAGCAGCGACCGCACCGCCACCUUCUUCGGCAACGUGACGGUGCAGCUGGCCCAGGUGUGCGCCGACCUGGCCGCCCACCCCAUCCUGUCGUCAGCCCCCGCCAUCGACGCCCUCGGCUUCUCGCAGGGCGGCCAGUUCCUGCGCGGCUACGUCGAGCGCUGCAACAACCCGCCCGUGCGCAGCCUCGUCACCUUCGGCAGCCAGCAUAACGGCAUCGCAAAGUUUCAGGCCUGCGGCCCCACCGACUGGCUGUGCAAGGGCGCCAUGGGCCUGCUUCGCUCCAGCGCAUGGAGCUCCUUCGUCCAGAACCGCGUCGUGCCCGCCCAGUACUACCGCGAGAUCAACGAGUCCACCGGCCUCGGCUCCGACAGCUACCUCGAGCACUCCAACUUCCUCGCCGAUAUCAACAACGAGCGCGAGCUCAAGAACCAGACGUACAAGAAGAACCUGUCCACCCUGGAGAAGUUUGUCAUGUUCGUCUUCACUGAAGACACCACCGUGAUACCCAAGGAGACGGGCUGGUUUUCCGAGGUCAAUGCCACGUCGGAGGAAGUCACAAGGAUCCAGGAUAGGAAGAUCUACAAGGAAGAUUGGAUUGGCCUGAAGCAGCUCGAUGAGAAGGGUGCUUUGGUCUUUAAGAACAUCACCGGCGAGCACAUGCACUUGAACGAAGAUGAUCUGGAGGAGACUUUCCGCAAGUACUUCGGACCGUUACGCAAGAAGAAGUCGGUUCUCCAGGAGGUGUUGGGAGACUGGGAGCUAUAG